CAUUCGACCUGAAGUUCUUUGGUCUAUUAAGUGAUACAACCAUGAGGACUUUGGUACUAAUCUGUUUGGUAUUGGGUACGGUUUUCGGUGAGGAACUCCCCGAAAAGAAACAUGAAAAGCGUGGGCUUUUAGGAUUGGGAUAUGGACAUGCGGAUCAUUUGGAUCUUCACGGACAUGGAAUUCACGCGCAUAGUUUUCAUGGUGACGCUAUUCAUGGUCACGCUUUUCACGGCCAUGCUUUCCACGGCCACGCUUUACAUGGUCAUCACGAUGUUCAUCUCCACGACGAUAUCCACCAUGGACAUUUCGAUGGACACCUUUUAGAUGGACAUCUUCAUCUUCCCCAUUCCCACGCGCAUGUUCACGCUCAUACGGAAGUCGUUAAAAAUGUUCCUGUCCCAGUUCCACAUCCAGUUGCGGUUCCUGUUGAUAGACCAGUACCAGUUCCUGUUCCAGUGAAAGUUGCUGUUCCAGUUGAUAGGCCUUAUCCGGUUCCUGUACCUAAACCGUAUCCAGUACAUAUUGAAAGACAUGUUCCAGUACCUGUUGAUCGUCCAGUACCAGUUCCGGUACCACAUGCGGUGCCAUAUCCGGUUGUUAAACACGUUGGAGUACCGGUUCCUGCUCCUUAUGCUGUUCCGGUAGCCAAACCUUAUCCGGUUCCGGUACCGCAUCCUGUUCCGGUUGUCAAACCGGUUGUUAUCACCAAACAUGUCCAUUAUGAUCAUCAUCAUGGACAUCAUCAUCACCUUUGGUGAUUUUUUUUAAGUUUAUUUUAGUGGUUUGUAAAAAUUAUAGUUU